UGGCGGAUAGUUGAUACAUACGCAUGCGCGAAGCGCUAACAAGGCGCGCGAGGGAAGCUGGGAACGUCCUCUUUGGCGAAAAGUCAUCAUGGCGGCGCAAAUCAGCAAGAAGAGAAAGUUUGUCGCUGACGGACUCUUUAAAGCUGAAUUAAAUGAGUUCCUCACUCGUGAACUAGCCGAGGAUGGCUACAGUGGUGUUGAGGUGCGAGUAACGCCGAUCAGGACAGAGAUCAUCAUCCUGGCCACACGCACCCAGAAUGUGCUUGGAGAGAAGGGACGCCGUAUUCGGGAGUUGACAUCUGUUGUGCAGAAGAGAUUUGGAUUCCCUGAGGGGUCUGUUGAGCUGUAUGCAGAGAAGGUUGCAACCCGUGGCCUGUGUGCCAUCGCUCAGUGUGAAUCCCUGAGAUACAAACUGAUUGGUGGUCUUGCUGUACGAAGGGCCUGCUAUGGUGUUCUUCGAUUCAUCAUGGAGAGUGGUGCAAAGGGUUGUGAGGUUGUUGUUUCUGGUAAGCUGCGUGGGCAGCGUGCCAAGUCCAUGAAGUUUGUUGAUGGUCUGAUGGUCCAUGCUGGAGAACCCACCACACACUAUGUCGACACAGCCGUCAGACACGUCUAUCUUAGACAGGGUGUGCUUGGCAUCAAGGUUAAAAUCAUGCUGCCAUGGGAUCCUACUGGCAAGACCGGCCCCAAGAAGCCCCUCCCCGACCAAGUGAGCAUCGUGGAACCCAAGGAUGAAGUUGUACCUGCCCAACCCACCUCUGAGCACAAGGGUGGCAAGCAGGAGCCUUCACAGCCUGUACCCAGCCUGUAAUGUGUCACCCCAGCCAUGUGUCUAGCCUGUGCUUACAAUCAAUAGAAAUAAAGAUCAAAGAAAAAGAA